AUGCCGUUAUUGUUUUUGUCCUUCCGCCCUUCUUCCGUCUCCUCCCGCCAACCUCUUCCUUUCCCUUGUUCCGCCUUCCCUCUCUUCCCCCUCCCCCCCAUUCCCCCUUCCUUCCUUCCUCUUCACCCCUCCGCUGCUGCCAGACAUCCGCCCCCAGCGUCGAUUUACCCACCUUCGGCGACUGGUGGAACAAACCCGCCGCCGUCCUGGAAAGGGUAUCACGGGAUGCUGUACGGCGAGAGGCCUCAAGAGUACGGCGAGAGGGCACAACAGUACGGUGAUGGGCCUCUGCAGUACGGUGAGAGGGCUCAACAGUACGGUGGGGGGUCUCAGCAGUACGAUGUGCGAGCGCAGCAGUCAGUAAUCAGCCGGCAGUCGUCAGGUGAUAGCGUGCUGUCGUCAGGGUCGAACUGGCAGGCGUUCGGAGUUGACCAGAGGCCAUCCCGAAUCAGCCCACAGCCAUCAGCACUCAGCCAGCAGCCUUCAGGACUCAGCCAGCAGUUGUCAGGACUCAGCCAGCAGUUGUCAGGACUCAGCCAGCAGUUGUCAGGACUCAGCCAGCAGCCGUCAGGACUCAGCCAGCAGCCGUCAGGACUCAGCCAGCAGCCGUCAGCACUCAGCCAGCAGCCGUCAGAACUCAGCCAGCAGCCUUCAGGACUCAGCCAGCAGUUGUCUGGACUCAGCCAGAAGUUGUCAGGACUCAGCCAGCAGCCGUCAGGACUCAGCCAGCAGCCGUCAGCACUCAGCCAGAAGCCGUCAGCACUCAGCCAGCAGCCGUCAGCACUCAGCCAGCAGCCGUCAGGAGCAAGCCUGCAGGCGUAUGGGUUGUUGCCGCUGCGCCUUCUUUUCCUGCCCAUACGCCUGCUUCCCCUGACCAUCAACCUGCUUCCCCUGCCCAUCUACCUGCUUCCCCUGUCCGUCAACCUGCUUCCCCUGCCCAUGCACCUGCUUCCCCUGCCCAUCAACCUGCUUCCCCUGCCCAUCAACCUUCUUCCCCUGCCCAUCUACCUGCUUCCCCUGCCCGUCAACUUGCUUCCCCUGCCCGUCAACUUGCUUCCCCUGCCCAUCAACCUGAUUCCCCUGCCCAUCAACCUUCUUCCCCUGCCCAUCUACCUGCUUCCCCUGCCCGUCAACUUGCUUCCCCUACCCGUCAACUUGCUUCCCCUGCCCAUCAACCUGAUUCCCCUGUCCAUCAACCUGUUUCCCCUGCUCGACAACCUUCUUCCCCUGCCCAUCUACCUGCUUCCCCUGCCCGUGAACCUGCUUCCCCUGCCCGUCAACCUUCUUCCCCUGCCCAUCUACCUGCUUCCCGUACCCGUCGACCUCCUUCCUCUCUCCAUCUACCUUCUUCCCCUGGGCAUCCACCUGCUUCCCCUACCCAUCUGCCUGCUUCUCCUGCCCAUCAAUCUGCUUCCCCUGCACGUCAACCUUCUUCCCCUGCCCGUCCACCUGCUUCCCCUGCCCGUCUGCCUGCUUCCCCUCUCCAUCUACCUGCUUCCCCUUCCUUUCAGCCUGCUUCCCCUGCCCGGCCACCUGCUUCCCCUUCCUAUCAGCCUGCUUCCCCUGCCCGUCCACCUGCUUCCCCUUCCUAUCAGCCUGCUUCCCCUGCCCGUCCACCUGCUUCCCCUGCCCGUCCACCUGCUUUCCCUGCCCAUCCACCUGCUUCCCCUGCCCGUCAACCUCCUGCCCCUGACCAUCUACCUGCUUCCCCUACCCGUCAACCUUCUUUUUUUGCCCGUCAACCUGCCUCCCCUCCCGUCUACCUGCUUCCCCUGCCCGUCAACCUGCUUCCCCUGCCCGUCUACCUUCUUCCCAUGGAGAGGAGGAAGAAUACGAGAUGCCACCAUUGGAGCAGUGGAAAUCUCAUCGGUGGGGCCUGGUCUGGGGUACUAUGUGGCAGCAACCCCAGAGGCAGGUCCAGGAGGCAUGGAAGCAGCAGUGGGAGAAGAAGAAUUUCCAUGUUCAGGUGAAAGUGUAAGUGACUCACCGGGAGCAGCAGCAGCUGGAGUAGCAGGCAUCGGAGGAGGAGGUUGGACGGAGGAGGAGGAGCCACUUGACUCUCUCACAGCAGAACUAGCUGCUGUUGAUGUAGCUCCCGCUGCUGCUGCUUCUACUCCAGGAGGUGGGAGGGAAGAGGAUGAAGAGACGUCUCCCACGGAAGCUCUAGCUGCUGUUUGUAUUCUUGCUCGUGCUGGUGGUGGUGGUGCUGCUGCUGCUGCUCGUGCUGGUGCUGGUGUUGGUUCUGCUGGGACUGCUGCUGCUGCUGCUGCUGGUGCUGCUCGUGCUGGUGGUGCUGCUGUUGCUGCUGCUCCUUCUCGUACUGGUGUUGCUGCUGCUGCUGCUGCUGCUGCUGCUGGUGCUCGUGCUCCUGCUCGUGCUGGUUCUGGUGCGGCUGCUGCUGCUGCUGCUGCUGCUGCUGCUGCUGCUGCUGCUGCUGCUGCUGCUGCUGCUGCUGCUGCUGCUAGUGCUGCUGCUGCUGGUGCUACUACUGCUUCUGGUGCUGCUGCAGCUGCCGGUGCUUCCAGUAGCAAUGCUUCGGCGCAUGCCAAGUCAAAGAAAUCGGGAGCUGCAUUCCUGGGUUGGGGGGAACUCAUGGGUUGGGGGGCGCUCCUGGGUUGGGGGGCGCUCCCCUCUGUUGGGCGGCACUCCCCUCUGUUGGACGGCACUCCCCUCUGUUGGGCGGCACUCCCCUCUGUUGGGCGGCACUCUCCUCUGUUGGGCGGCACUCCCCUCUGUUGGGCGGCACUCCCCUCUGCUGGGCGGCACUCCUCUGCUGGGCGGCAUUCCUCAGUUGGGGGUGAGGAGCUGGUUUUGGUGGGGGGAGUGGUUUUGGCUUUCGAGCUGCCAAUCCUGGUGGCUAUGGUGCUCGUGGUGGCUAUGGUGCUGGUGCUGGUUGUGGUGCGAAUGGCGGCGAUAAUGGUGUGA